GCCGUGGGAUUCGACAGGCUCUACGGCUCUUGCAUGGAAGUUGUUGAGACCCGCUCCGCCAAGAAGUUGUAUGCGCGGAGGAGGGGGUUCCUGCCGUUGCCCUGGUUUCGACGGCGUGGUUGCUGAAGGGGUCAGGGGGGAUGUUGGGAGAUGCGGGCGACUGUUGCUGAGUCUUUCGAUGCGCAGGGUGGAGGGACGGCGGAUGGGGUUGGUGUGAUGUUUCGUCGUCAGCCUAGUGGAGUACGGAAGUUAGCCCAAGGCGCGUGCUUGGCGACUUUCCCGCUUCGUACCGGCCAAGAACACGGCGGGGAUGGUGGACGUGGGGAGACGGACUUGGGGAUGCAGGGCUCACUCGUGUUUGGGCGCAGAGUAGUGAAGGGCGGUGGGCGGUCUGUCUGUGAAGAGGGGAUGUUUCCUGCCGUCUGCAGAUCCGCCGCAAUCGCGAGAAACACCGCAGUCUCGCCAAUUUGUGGGGAAGCGCUAGGCACGUGGGCCAAGCCUGCACGACUUCACUGCACUCUGCAUUCUUGCAUGCACUCGUCUUGUUGGCAGCCGGAUGACACUACAAUCUUGUUCGGCGAGAUGGAUCGUCUCCGCCACGCAAUCAUCAGUGAGCGCUGCGUAAAACGGGUAGAAUACUAUCUGUGAUUCUAAUCGAAACGGGAGAGAACACCGUAACCUCUCUCUCUUGAUCUCUCUGUAUUUCUCUUGGAUGUUUCAACGUGGACCGGCGGGCGGUCCACUCUCACGGCUACCAGAUAGACAUGGAAAGCAUUGGGAUGAGAGUGAAGGACUCCAUUCAUGGCGAUCUCAAGGAGAACGAGCCCAGCUG